AUGCAGAGUGAUAAUACUGUGGUUAUUAAAAUUAGGUUGGGAGGUUGUUUUGUGCCGAAAAGUAUUGGUAAAAAUCGACAUAUAAUUUGCUGGAAUGGUGGGGUUGUUUUCUCGAAGAAAAAGGCUAGUAUUUCUAAGAUGUCAGUGCAUUUUAUUCGGGAAGCUGUCGUGCAUGGUUUUAUGUUUUAUAAUAUGAAAGUGCCUAGGAACUUUCAUGUAUUUUAUAAACAGAAAGGGAGAACUUUUACAACCGGUAAAAGGGAAAUAGUAAAUGUUGAAGAAGUGAAGGGACUUUUGGAAACAGUGAAUAAGGAAGGUGUUCUUGAAGUUUUUGUUCCUAGUAAACAGAUUGUGAAUCCCCUAAACGACCAUACAUCAUUAUCUACCCUUGAACCCACACCACGGUUAAAUGAGGGAGUAAGUACACUAGAAAUAACUCCUAAGUUUAAGACGGUUGCAAGGAAAGACAGUGCCAAGGGUAAAGGAAAUCUACAAGCAGAGGGUCCAGGGGAAGGGAUUGCAGAGGUUAAGGGGAAAAGUAGAGCUAUAAAGAAAUUGUUUGAUGAUGAGGAGAAUGGAUGUGGGUCGUCUUCAAGCAGUGAAUUCAGUGACCUUGGCAUAGAGUGGGAGGCAGGGGAAGAGGAGGGGUAUGAAGAUGGUGAAGAAUGGUUUAGGCAAACUACGGGGGAGAUUCUGAGUGAUAUCAAUGGUAGCUUUGGGGAGGAUGAAGAAUCAGAUGAAGAUGGGAGGGUAGUGAAAGAUCCUAGGGUACAGAUUAAUGAUAACAUAGAUUGCAAUGAAGUGAGGAUCCAAGAAGAGAUUGAGGGUGAUUCGGAUGAGCUUAGGAGUCUUGCAGGAGAUUCUGAUGAGGAUCUAGACAACAGUCCAUGGUUUAAUGGAGAAACCGACUUCACAAAACCUAUUAAGCUAGUGGAAAAAUUGAAGUUCAACAAUGUGUAUGUACUUAGAAAGGCUUUGAGGGUUCAUGCUAUUGAGCAUAGGUAUGAGUUCUAUUUCCUACAUAAUGACGGGACAAGAAUUACUACUCGUUGCAAAAAGAGAUGUGGUUGUCUUUAUAAUAAAAAAAGAAGUAGGUUGCCUAAGUGUUCUUGUGAGGAGGGUGUGAAGUGUUUCUUUAAGAUUCAUGCUACAAAGUUGGUGAAGCAAGAAACAUGGCAAAUUAAAAGUUUGAUAUUGAAGCACUUGUGUAUGAGGAGUAUGGUGAAUAAUAACGUAACUUCGGAGUACAUAGCAGAAAGGUACUUGGAGGAAUUCAGAAGCGGUGCCUUUUUUAGGGUGAAGCAGUUACAGGAGAGAGUUUCGAAUGAGUUGGGGAUUAAAGUGGGCUACACUAAGGCUUGGAUAGCUAGGUGCAUAGCUAAGCUCAUUAUUUAUGGCUCGGCAUCCGAGCAGUACGCAAGGGUGUGGGAUUACGGUAAGGCUGUUAUGCAAAACAGUAAAGGAAGUGAUGUUCAUAUUGUUGUUAAUGGGAUUGAGCAGCCAGAACCACCCCUCUUUCUUAGGAUGUUCAUUGGUCUUGCUCCGCUAAAAGAUGGGUUUGUAAGAGGUUGUCGGCCUAUUAUCGGGGUGGAUGGAUGUCACUUAAAAGGAGCAUACCCCGGGCAAAUCCUUGUGGCAGUUUCAAAGGAUGGAAAUAAUAACAUUUUUCCAUUAGCAUGGGCCACAGUGGAGAUUGAGAACACGGAGACAUGGGAGUGGUUCUUGGAAUGUGUAAAGAGCAUGUUGAGAAGUGAUUAAGGGGAUGGCUUCACCUUCAUGUCUGACAGACAGAAGGGUUUGUUGGAAGCCCUACAAACUGUUGUACCUCUAGCUGAGACAAGGUACUGUGUCAGGCACAUUUGGGCCAAUUUUAAGCUCAAUUUCACCGGAACAACAUUCAAGGAAUUAUUUUGGGA